AUGUCAGCCCUAAAUGCAAAUCUGGAGUCUGACAAACUUGUCCUAACAGAUGCCGAAGAAGGAAAGGUUGUUACUCGUUUUCCUCCUGAAGCCAGUGGAUUCCUCCACAUUGGACACGCAAAGGCAGCACUUAUAAACAGUAUGCUUGCUGACAAGUUUAAAGGAAAGCUUAUUUUUCGCUUCGAUGAUACCAAUCCUUCGAAGGAAAAGGGUCAUUUUGAACAGGCUAUUCUAGAUGAUGUAGCAUCUCUUGGGGUUUCAUGGGAUAUUGGUCCGACUUUUUCGUCAGACUACAUGGAUCUUAUGUAUGAAAAGGCCGAAGAGCUUAUUGAGAAGAAUCUUGCAUACUGUGAUAAAACGCCGAGAGAAGAAAUGCAGAAAUGUAGAUUUGAUGGAGUUCCUACCCGGUAUCGUGACGUAAAUAUAGAGGAGACAAAACGGUUGUGGAAUGAAAUGAAAAAUGGAACUCUUGAGGGCCAAGAGACCUGUUUGCGAGCGAAAAUUUCGGUUGAUAAUGAAAAUAAGGCCAUGAGGGAUCCCGUAAUUUAUCGAUUUAAUGAAACCCCACAUCCCAGACAAGGAACAAAAUACAAGAUUUAUCCGACAUAUGAUUUUGCUUGUCCAAUUAUUGAUUCCGUUGAAGGAGUAACGCACGCUUUGCGAACCAAUGAGUAUCACGAUCGUAAUGAUCAGUAUUACUGGUUCUGUGAUGCGUUGAAUAUACGAAAACCAAUAGUGGAGGAUUUUUCAAGACUGAAUAUGGAAUAUACUGUUAUGUCCAAAAGAAAGUUGACUCAGCUGGUGGAAAACGGUGUUGUGGACGGAUGGGAUGAUCCUCGAUUUCCAACGGUGCGUGCCUUGGUUCGACGUGGCUUGAAGAUGGAUGCAUUAAGGAAGUUUGUUCAGGCACAAGGUAUGUCAAAGACGGUUAAUUUUAUGGAGUGGUCAAAGCUCUGGUUUUUGAAUACACAAAUUCUUGAUCCCUCAGUCCCACGUUAUACUGUUGUAUCAAAUUCAUUGAAAGUCCGUUGUGUUGUGGAAGGGCAAAAACACCUUGAAAAAUGUGAAAAACUGCUGCAUAAAAAGGUUCCGGAAAUGGGUACUAAAACUUAUUUUAAAUCGGAUGUUAUUUUCCUGGACACCGAAGAUGUUGCUCUUCUUAAGGAAGGCGAUGAAAUUACGUUGAUGGAUUGGGGAAAUGCAUACAUUAAAAACAUGCGCUCUGUUGGGGAGUCAUCGACGAUAACAGAUGCUGAUAUCGUUUUACAUCUUGAAGGUGAUGUAAAGAAGACGAAGUACAAGUUAACGUGGGUUCCAGAGAAUCCGAAUGCGGAGGUGAUGGAACUUGCAGAAUAUGAUCACCUUCUUACAAAGAAAAAGCCAGAUCCUGAAGAGAAGAUUGAUGACCUUAUUGCUCCAGUGACAAAAUUUACUCAGGAUGUCUACGCAGAAGAAGCUCUUCGAACCCUUCAAAAAGGCGAUACGGUUCAGCUUGAACGCCGGGGGUAUUACAUUGUGGAUUCUGUAACACCCAAAAAGGUCCUCAUCUAUAUUCCUGAUGGACGCGACAAGGUUAAUCAUUUGUGUGCCAAGGCACAGUAUUUGAAGUCUAUAUCGAAGGAUGGCAAGUCUUCCGCUGCAAACGAUUUGGAAGCAAAGCGAGCUGCGAAAGCUGCGAAGAAGGCUCUCCAAAAGCAAAAACUCCAAAAAAUUAGCUACUGGCGUAGUAGACGUGAAAUAAUUAAUGUGCUGCUUUGUUUUAUCCGCAUCAUCCUUUUAUUAUCAUUAUUAAUGUUCGCAUUUGUCAUUCUAAAGAAAAUAAAGAUUAAUUUCACAGAAGCACAAAGAUCGAGAGAGGGGGAAAACACGACGAAGAGUUAA